ACACCGUUCGGUAACUUUUUCGGUUCGGAACCGCGGGGUUUUCGCUUUCGAAAGUUGGAUGGCAUGGUGAAGUCCGCUGUCAGUUUGUGUUUGUUGAUUUGAUGAUCAAGAUGGUUCGGUGGGUGGCGGUUUUUUUGCUGGCUGCGGCGGUGUCGGCCGACUUCGCACAGGUUCUCAGAGAUAAAAGACAAGUGACAUAUCAUGCGGAUGAGCAUCAUCACGACAUUGAUGAAGACGAUGACAGUGAACCUGUAAGGCCAGUCACCAAGAAACCACUUCCUACCCAGCUUGUAUAUCCAGGUGAUUUGAGCGGUUUUUACACGACUGAUUCUCCUCUUAAUGCCGAAAGUGACGUCCAGAAUGUGUCAUCAUCGGAUUCACAUUCUAAUCUUCAGAUACAUCAGCGUCAAAAACGUAAUACCAACGGCAGAAGAAGAAUCGGUGACUUUAAAAAGAAUAUAAGAAAUCCUUUGAGAGCUGGAAAAUUUACUCACAAUAAGGAUAAUGUGCCAAUGGGAAGCGAAUUAUAUUCUUCAUAUCACAAACCUUCAGUUUCGAUUAUGAAUGAUGUACCGGUUGAAAUGUCUUUCGAUGGAGCUGGAUUUCUUCGUUACGAUGACGAAGACUUUGAUACGGAAAAGAAGACAAAAACGGAUUCAGAUCGAAGAAGAAAUAAUGGCGGAAGAUCUCCUAAAUCAAGACAAAGUGGCAGUCAAGCUCUUGAUGACUUUCGGAAAGUUUUCAAUGUAUCUAGAGAAAGGACACCAAGCCCAGUGAAGUAUGAUGAUGAUGGAGCAUCUUACCAAAGCGAAACCCCUGUGACCUUGACGAAUCAAGAAAAACCGAUAGAAUAUGGAACUCAAGGAGCUGAAAAUGGUACUCCUCUGUCUGUCGAUUUCAUGACUAAUUAUCAGAAUGCUUUCCAGAAUCCUUACCAAAAUGGAAUGUUUAACACUCCUCAGUUUAAUUACGCUCCCACUCAAGUUAACUCGAAUCCUCAAGUUCCUUCCUAUGAUCCGUUUUCUUUUACCUAUCCCAACGCCUUCAGUGGACAAUCAAAUAUGAAUCAAAUGGUGAUGCCCCAAGUCAUGCAGCAAGACUCUUUUAUGCAGAAUCAUCGAAUUCCGCAGAAUGCAAAUACAGGAGCAGCAACUCAACAGGCUAUUUAUCCACAGAUUCCACAGCAAGCGUUUCCUUCUACUUCAAUGUACUCUCCAGCCGCCGCUGCGGCAGCAGCAGCAGCAGCCGCAGCAAACCCACAACAAAAUCACAAAACUCAGAGACGUCGUAGAUCAGUAGAUAAUUCAAAACCUGCUGUUGCAGACAUUGCAACCUCUGCUUCUGAAGUAGCUCAUGAUCGCUAUAGGUACUCUAGAGUAGGAGACCAACAAGACUCAAGUUCGGGUUUUAUUCCCAUUACUGGAACUUACAAUGGUGGUACUAUUCAACUCAUCCCCUACUAUGGCCAAACUCCUAUAAGUCCAGCUAGUUAUCCCCAUAGUCCACCGACGCAUUCUGUUCCAUCUUAUUCUGUACCAGUUAGCGCUGAAGGUCGUUUCUAUCCGGGGCCUGGUUAUUAUCAUCCUUCAGAGGCCAGACGAUAUUCGUACGGAAUUCUUGGAAGUGGUAAUUUCGAGGUUAUAAGGGGUGGUAUAUUCCCUGGCGAAAGACAGCAGAAUUAUCAAGGUGGUUAUCAAGAACACAGAGCUCCUUACGCAAAUGAAAAUUUUGAUAAUUACGGAACUACAGAAAUUAUUAUUGAUGGCCCAAUUCAAGGAUUCCAAGGUUUUGAUAAUUUUCCCAUUCAUUUGAUAAAUGCAUUAUCAAAGCAUUCGGAAGUUGCUGUUCGACCAGAACUUCGUAAUAAGGAAGCAACUUCUGCUGAAGUCUAAAGAAGAACAGUAUUUUUUGUUCUAUAAAUAGUCAUUUUAUGAAAAAGAAUUUCAUAAUCGAUGAAAGAUAUUUAUAACAUUGCAUUUUCACUACAACCACAGAAGUAGAUCUUUGUGCUUGAGCAAACACAUUUUUCAACAUCAUCCAUAGUGACUAAUGUAAUGGAAUUGAAUCAUGUUAGAACACAAACGAACUAUAAAUGUAUUUGUUUGUCUUGGUAAUUUUUAUUAUAAACUUUGCACAUCUUCUCAUUUGGAACAUUAAUUUAAUGAGAAGGCAUAUGCAUUUGAGAUGAUAGCUCAAACAUAUGCACAGCCUAGUUAAUUAAAAUACAUUUUAGAUUAAUUAAACUUUAUAAAUGUAAAGAAGUGCAGGAAAGGAUCUUGCAUUCUUAAUCAGGUACCAGAGAUUAAAAUAUCGACUUUAUAGAAGAUUUAUUAUUAUUUUUUUGCAGAUAAAUAUUAUUCAUGCAUGUAAGGAGGAGAAGUAUUACUCAUUUAUAAUAGGACGCUUUGUUGAUUUUUCUCAAAUACAUAUCAUUUUCAUACAUAUGUAAACGAGUUUUAAUUUUCAUGAUCAUAAGAGGACCAUCAACGAGUUUUCUACGAAUCUAUUUUCACAAUUUGUAAUAAGAA